GGGGGAGGUACAGUCAGUCACUCAGAGCGCAGUAGUACGCAGAGGUGAAAGCUCAGCGUGACAGUGUGUGUGUGAUCUCUCCUGUGUGAGAGAACAUGGGACAUAUUUGGAUAUCCGAGAGCAUUUACAGCACAAGCAAUAAUAUCCAGCUGGUCGGAAUAUCGUUUAAUCCCUCACCUUCCGCGCCUCGCCCCAGAACCGCCUGAUAAACGCGCAGAGAUCCAGAGACGAGCAGCGUUAACUUACAUGAAUCUUUGUUAUUCAGAGAAAAACAGAAAUGGAGCCAUGAUUUCUGCCAGACGCGCUAGCAUCGUCUGCUCAAGCUAACUGGAGCGCGAAUGUGGAUAUCCUUCUUCCUUUUUUCAGGCUAAAGUUAUUUUAUUUGACCUCAAAUUGCAGCCGGAAUAUAUUGUGAUUGUGAGAACUUUAUUCCUUAAAUUAUGAUAUAAAAUCAAUGUUGUGCGCUUGUUGUUGACGCGCUAGGCUCAUAGCUAGUAGCGUUAGCCGAUGCUGUGUAACAACGGCUCGUCUUAAAUGUGUUUUAAUUAAUUUUACGAUAACAAAUAUACAUUCUGAUUAUUAAUAUUGUCAUAAUCGUGCAGGUGAUUACUAGAUAAAAUUGUGAUGAAAUUAUUUCUUUGUAUUGACAGCUUGGCAGGCGCAUGCUAACAAUGCACUAGCUUGAUAGCUCCAUUGCUUUUCUAUUAUAGCAAUAAUUUCCCAUGAUAAAAUAGAUGUUUUGGUAAAUGGUUUUGAGACUUUUAGGCGUCUUAUUUUUUUUUUAUUUCGUGUCAGUAGCGAUGAUUUGAGCUUGUUGGAAGAAAUGUAAACAGCCUAGCUGUUCAGUUUGCCAGCCAAUAAAGUAUUUGUGCACUGAUGAUCCAUAUUAUUUUUACAAUAUUUAGACUGGACGAGUGAAUACGGCUGGACAUUUUAAAGGCUGUACGCUUUAAACAAGUCUCCAUUUCCGGAUCUUGACUGGACGGGUGGGAAAUGGUUUGAUUUGGCCUGUCUGCUGAUUUGGCUUCACACCCAUUCAAAGAUAGACCUGACACAAGAGACUCAUAGACUCCUAGAGCUCUGGAGGAAUCAGGGUCCAUCUUUAGCAUCAGAGAGGGACACACACAGUUGUCUCCUGUCCUUUGCUGUCACUCUGGCUCUGAUGUGAGCGAUCAUGGGCACCCAGGGAAGCCCUGUGAAGAGCUACGACUACCUGCUCAAGUUCCUCCUGGUGGGAGACAGCGAUGUGGGGAAAGGAGAGAUCCUGGACAGCCUUCAAGAUGGAUCUGCUGAGUCUCCAUAUGCCUACAGCAGCGGAAUCGACUACAAGACGACCACGAUCCUGUUGGACGGGCGGAGAGUGAAACUAGAGCUUUGGGACACAUCAGGACAAGGCAGGUUCUGCACCAUUUUCAGGUCGUACUCCAGAGGAGCGCAGGGGAUCCUGUUGGUGUAUGACAUCACCAACCGCUGGUCAUUUGACGGGAUAGACCGCUGGAUCAGGGAGAUUGAUGAGCAUGCACCUGGCGUGCCCCGUAUUCUUGUGGGUAACCGGCUGCACCUUGCGUUCAAGCGACAGGUCCCCACAGAACAGGCACGGGCGUACGCAGAAAAAAACGGCAUGACGUUUUUUGAAGUGAGUCCCCUCUGCAACUUCAACGUCAUAGAGUCUUUCACAGAGCUCUCACGCAUCGUGCUCAUGAGGCAUGGCAUGGAGAAGUUCUGGAGGCCCAACAGAGUAUUCAGUCUGCAGGACUUGUGCUGCCGUGCCAUUGUUUCCUGCACCCCUGUGCACCUAAUCGAUAAGCUGCCGCUUCCUGUGGCCAUCAAGAGCCAUUUGAAGUCAUUCUCCAUGGCCAACGGCAUGAACGCCGUCAUGAUGCACGGUCGGUCCUACUCCCUGGCCAACGCUGCCGGAGGCAGCAAAGGCAACAGCCUUAAACGCUCGAAAUCCAUCCGGCCGCCUCAGAGUCCGCCACAGAACUGCACCAGAAACAACUGUAAGAUCUCCUAGCCUCCGGGCAUAGGGGUGGGGCCACCCCCCUCCCUUCCCUUAUAUAACACUCAGGUGCACACGGACAAACACACAAGGAAAACAACACAGGGCUGUGUCGAUGACGCAACAGGGGUGUGGCACCUCCCAGCGUGGGGAGAGCAGGACGUGAACAAACACUUCCUGGCGCUACAAACGGCUACAUUUCUCCCCUCACCUUGCUGCAGUACAUUUGAUUUCUCACCAACAGACCGUGAACAAAAAACGAGUCCUCCAUCUGACUCUGAUUUCGUUGCAGUGACCACCGACAGCAUGUUUCCUACUUCACUAGCGCCCUCUGCUGGAGAAUUCAUGCAGAUUAAACCCUGCACUGGCCUAAUUUUGAAGUUGUUUUAUGGGCUUAUUAUGCUUUGGUUGUGUUCUCAGUUGCUCAUACUCAUUAUCCUCUGUGCUCUGCAUAUGGCGUUCCUCUUUCUGGCUCUGUGCAGGGGUCUGUUCUCCCUGCUAAAAUGAAGUACCUCAAACGGUCACAUGAUCUUGCAUGCUUACCAACAAUGAGAGGGCUGAUGCGAAAUGACUUGUAGUGCUUGCGUAUGAACUGAUGUAUUAAAAAUGUGAUUUGCACUGCAAAUUGGUGGUCUUUGAAUUUGCUGGCCGUUUGCACAAUGACUUAAUCAACAGAGUGACUGUGUUGUUGAAUGUGGACUGUGGGACCACUCGGCUGAGAGAAACGGCACAAGCAUUUCCAGGCACCUUCUGUUCGCCAUCUUUACUUGCUGGAAAGUCCUUGAAGAUCCAAAAAUGGUGUUUGAUGAAAUGUUCCUCUUUAAGUCAGAACUGUCUUCUCCUUAAACAUGGAUUACAGGAAAUUUCUCCUCAGGGGACAGUAUUGGCAAAGAGUCCCCCCCCCCCCCCUUUUUUUUUUUUUUUUAACUCUCAGCUCCUUACUUAAUCUGAUUUGCUUUUUCCUGCAUGUCUUGUGGGAUUUUUCAUCAUAUUUUAACAUUAUACUGUAAUUACCUCUCUCAUGUCCAGAGUUCAGUACCACAAUACCACCUGAUUUUCUCAUUUAUGACCCAGCAUUUGCACCACAUUUCAGUACUUUCCCGCUAUACUUUCUGUGCAGUUACACGCUUUCACUCUUUUCACACAAUGAUUUCAAAUCCCACGUGUUCUACCAGUUUUCAGUGUUGUCGCAUGAGUUCAAAAGUCAGGUCUUUGCUCGAAGCCCUUUUAAUCUGCACAUACAGCAUGGUUUCUCUAUAGAUAUGUCAGAAUGAAGGAUAAACCCAUUCAAGCUUGCUCCUAAAUAUCAAGCACAAAUGAAAUAGUGACGUCACAAGUGGAAUCCACAGCACUUCCUUUCGCUUUUCCCGGUGGUGACGAGUCAUGUCAGAAACACAGGUGCAUUUCUUCCAGGUCUGAUGAGCCAUGGUUGCUGAAUAAUAGAUGUUCCUCAUUUUUUCAAACCACCCAACAGUCUUUUCCCAGUUCCUCCUCCACCCCCUUCAUCUCAGGGAUGAGCCCCGUCCUCCAGCGACAGACCUGCCCAAUGAAGCCCUUUUAAACCGGGCUGAGCGACAGGCUGCCAGCAGGAGGCCUUUAAACUUCCUCUAGAGGGCUGCAAGCUCUCGGUGUUUGACCUAUAAGCUAUUUGCUACAGGCCUUUUGCAGUCGCUAUAGCUGAUAGAAUGAACCUGGCACAUGUUGGUCUUGCAUUUAGAGCAGUUGUGCGUAUUAGUGUCCAUCUGUUGGGUGACAUAAAUACUAAAGGGUCCACAGAAUGUGUUAUUUGACUCCACCCUUAAUCUUUGAAUCCCGAAAGGCUGUGGUAAUAGAAAUACUACAAAGAAGUGUUCUUUUAUUCCAUUUUGGGCACCUUCAGAACCCGUAGGUAUUAGUUUGAGCCUCUCGCCUGAGAGCAAUGGUUGUUUUUCUCUGUAAUAUGCACAUCAUACGGUGCAAAGAAAUUCUGUGACUUAGUUAGAACGUUCCAUUUCAACUUUUUUUGUAUUGUAAAGUGUUUUUCCUCUUUGUAACUGAAGCCUCUGAUAUUUAAAAAAAAAAAAAAAAAAGUUCAUGGUUUUUAAGUGUAACGUCGGGCAGUAUGACGGGACCCUCCUGGUCUUUCCAAAGGGGCUGUGUCUUCUGUGUGAACGGGAUAAAGGGAAAUUGUGAUUUGGUGGAGCAGUAGGAACACACAAUUGUAAACACUAUUUUUCUUUGGUUGAAGCUAAAAGCUGCUGAAAUACCUGCAUAAUUAUCAGAAGUUCUUGCAACAAUAACAACGAAAAACAUUUUUUUAAAUUAUUGAUUGUACAGUUCUUAGUGUAUGAAAAGCGACGACUUUUUCACAAUAAAAUUGAAGAUGUUAUCAGUAAAUCAAA